AUGGGGAGCUCACAGCAAGCUGGAUGGUGCAAGAAACCCACAUCACCCAUAAACGGAAGAACUGCUUUGAAAGUUGUCAGGAAGACCAUAUACACCAUUAUUAUGCUCACCAUCACUGUGGUCACAGGAGCUACAGGGAACAACAGAGUGUCAGCGAUGGUAGGUAACAGCUCUGUGCUCACCUGCCCUCCCAAAUCAAAUACAACUAUGGUAACAUGGAAAAUAAGCCCCAAGGUUGGAGGCCCCUGCACCCUGGGAUACAGGGCUGAUCAGAACAAGACAGACAGAACAAACUGCAGUGACAGCAUGAACUGGAAAUUCAGACCAGAUCGGGAUCCUGCCCUUGAGAUACGGCAAGUGGGAAUAGCCCAUGAGGGAAGUUACACCUGCGAAGUAGUAGCAACAGAAGGGAAUUUCCACAAGACGUACCACCUGACCGUGCUAGUCCCCCCCAGGCUGACCCUGUACUGUGAUGACCAGGGGACCCCCGUGUGUAAGGCAGCAGCAGGGAAGCCGGCUGCUCAGGUCUCGUGGGUCCUAGAGAGCAACUCCACCCCCAAGGAAGAAGGCCAUGACAACGGGACAGUGACUGUUCUCAGCAAGUUCACGGCGUACAGCACCAACGUGACUAAUACAACCUGCGUUGUGUCCCACCCAGCUGGGAACCAGAGCAAGUCCAUAGCCUGUCAUCCCUCAAGUACGCUUCCCUUUGUGUGUUCGACAUUCAAAACCCUGUUUAGCCUUCUGUGCACACACUAA